GCACGCUCAUUGGACGGGAUAGAUAUAUACCCGAUAUUUCUCGUUCGUUGGGCCGCAUCUACAGAUCUUUACCUGAGACAUUUUGAUAGACCUGACCCUCAAGUGAACCCCUUGAAUAGGUAGCCUGACUCGGCCGGGCCUCACAACGGGCAAAAUGGCCUCAUCUACACCCCAAACCGCACUUCUGUCCCCUAUAGACCAAUACAUGCCCAGAAUCUACACGACCAUAUUUCUCAUUUUUGAGACACUUGACCGGACCAGCGCUGUCGACAAGCUCCGAGCAGGGCUCACUAGACUUAAUCAACGGCUCCCUUAUCUCAAAGGCCGAGUCUUUGCGACAGAUGGCGGCCGAGCGGCAAUACGAUGGUCCCCGACGGACAAGGACAUCGAACUACAAGAGAUGCCUACCGAUGGGGUGCCUCUCCUUAGGUUGAGCGUUGAAAAGCUCAAGGCCGAACGCGCGCCGCUGCAUUACUUCACCGAUACCCUCGGUCCGAUGCCGAGGCUCGCUGACCUCGACAAGGACUCGGGCGCGUCCGUCUUGGCGACCAACUACGGCCUCCUCGACGGUGGCAUAGUCCUGUGCUUAGCAGUCGAGCACAACGUGAUGGACGGCGCCGGCAUGGUCGAGCUGAUCCGCUUCUGGGCCGCCUGCACGCGGUCCGAGACCAUCGACCCGGCAACAACACCAACACCCGACCCCAACGAACCGCUCUACCGCCACGAGCGACUGCGCCAAGCCACCGAACCCAUCACACAAGACGAACACCAGUCAACCCCCGCACAGCAAUCCUUCGACGACCUCCUCGCCCGCCACCCCGAGUUCCGCCUCGCCUCCACGAAAGCAGCACCCGCCGCCCCCCUCCCCUCACCCCUCGGCACCUCCAAGAUCUUCACCUUCUCCACCGCCAAACUCGAAGCCACCAAAACCACCCUGCAAACCCUCCACCCCGGCAGCGCAGCACGGCCAGCAACCACCACCAACAGCGUGCUCUGCGCAACCCUCUGGUCCUGCAUCACGCGCGUGCGCCGGCAGCGCCGCGGCCGCGAACCCCCCACUACUACCUCUCCCACCUCUCCCGCCGCCGCAGCAGACGGAGUGGAAGCGCGUUCCCGGCUCGGCUUCGCGAUCAACGGGCGCGCGCGGCUGGGCGCGGCCGGCCCGCUGGCCGACCCGCGCCGGCCGUUCCUGGGAAAUGUUGCCUUGCACGGGCUGGCGCGGGUAGAUGUGGCGGAGCUGGAGCGGGCUACGGCUACUGCUGCUGCUGCUGGUGAUGGUGCUGAUGGUGCUGAUGGUGAUGCUACUGAUGGUGCUGAUGGUGAUGCUACUGCUAGUGGUAUGGCGGCGCUGGGGCGGGUGGUGCAGGCGAUCGGGGAGGCGGUGGGGCGGGUGACGCCCGGGUUCGCGCGCGAGGUGAUGGAUUUGAUUGAGCAGACGCCGGUGGAUGGGGGCGGGCUGGCGUUUGGGUGGAAUUCGUUGCAUGGGAUGGAUGUUAUGGUGACGAGCUGGGCGAAUAUGGACUUGUAUGGGGUGGACUUUGGGGAGGGGGUGGGCCGGCCGUGCUUGGUGCGGGUGACGCAGAGGGAGACGGAUGGGUUUGUGAUUGUGUUGCCGCGGCAGAGGGGGGAGGAGGAGGAGGGGAUUGAUGUGAUGGUGGCGAUGCACGUGGAGGAUAUGGCGGCGCUCGAGGGGGAUGCUGUUUGGACCAGUUACCUUGUUUGAUUUCCUAUUCGGGCACUUACAGUCUCGCUUUGUUUGGUUUCCGCAGGGAUAGCUUUAGAACUUCAGAGUUUCACAUUAUUUAUUUAUCGACGAGAUUUGGUUUCCCCGC